CGGCAACAAGGUACCUUUUGGCCGCCAUCAUGAAACUGUCCUCUAUCAAGCGCGCGCUCUUUGCUGCUCGUCUCGACAAUGAUGAAUACGGAUACUUCACCGGUGAAGUCCCUAGCGAUGGCUGGCCUUAGCCUCGCCCAAGGCGCAUCGACAGCGAGCGACUCAGGCACCGGUAAAGUUUCGAACGAAGAUUGCCUCGAUAUUUCACUGAUGCCGGAAUCACAAGAACCAUCUACCGCGUCUUUUAUGGGUGGAAGAGCACGGAGGUUGACAGAGUUUCUCGACGAACAAGCCCAGCAACCUAUAUCAAGAACGGGAGAUCCUUGGGAGGCAGGUGUCAACCAGGUCGAAAAAUACGACAAUGAGUUAUGCAGAGGAUGGAAGGAGCAUAUCGACACACUCUUGGUCUUCGCCGGUCUUUUUUCUGCCGCGGUGACGGCGUUCACAGUAGAGUCUUACCAAUGGCUUCAGCCAAACUCUUCCGACAUAUCUGCCCAGCUACUCUUGCAGAUAUCCCGGCAGCUUUCCGAUCCCAGCACAACAGUUCAGGUGGAUGGCGUCGACGACUUUUCGCCUUCCCAUGCUUCGAGGCGGAUCAAUGUUUUCUGGUUUCUCAGUCUCACACUGAGCCUUAUGACAGUGGUCAUCGGGAUAUUGUGCAAACAAUGGCUGGGAGAAUAUCAGAAGGAUCCCUCGUUACCGUACCGAGAGACCCUUGCCAUGCGACAGUUGCGAUAUGAGAGCUUCGAAGCCUGGAGAGUGCGUGAUAUCUCCUAGCCACGUUGCCUCUCCUUCUUCAAGUCGCCCUUGUCCUUUUUCUGACGGGAAUUAUGGAUUUGUUAUGGAGUUUGGACAAUGUGGUUGCAGCGAUCGUAACCUCGUUCAUCGUUCUUGGCUUCCUCGUGGUUGUGGCCACAACCGUUCUUCCUUGUCUUGUCCAUUUGCGCAACGGCGGCCGUUUACCUUGUGCUUAUCGAUCACCCCAAUCAUGGGCCUU